AUGGACAUUAUUUCCAUCUUUCGUCAUUAUAUAUUAUAUAUUCUACUCGAUAUACUUUUGAAAUGGCUUGACGAUCGUGGUUAUGAAAAGCUUCGCGAAGAACUUGCUCAAAAACAGAAACGAAUCUCGCCGUCGGAGAAACUAUUGAUUAGGACUCGUCAUUUUCGCGGUCUGCGCCGCAAUCCUCAGAUCGCUGGUCUGCCUUGGAGGCAGCAAAUGCUGCUAUCUAAAAUCUUAAUGAAAGGGUGUCAGCUGCUGAAAGCACCGCUAAUGCCACAAAUGCCAUAUGAGCAUAUAGCAAUGAUGCUAGAGAGGAGCUACAGCAGAUUGAAGGAUUUUGCCCGGAUUCCGGGGACGAGAGCGAGACGCUCUAUGCAGAUCCUGAUCCUGUUUACGCGACGCCCAUCGACGCUAGUAAGAAGUGUGAAGUGGGAAUUAUUGCAAGCGUACAGUCCAAGUCACGCUGCUACCCCGACCAAGUCCAAACUGCUAGCAUGCUGGUACGAUGACGACUCUGAAGAGGAAUCAAGAGACGCAAUAUCAAAUAUCCACACUCUUGGCUUCAAGGCGAUUUGUAUCACUUUCCCCUUCUCCCCUCUGUCUUACAACUGUGGCAGUUACUGA